CUGUUCUGUUCUGUUCCUGAGGCACUAUGUCCCACACCCCAACUGUCUCUCUCUCUUUGAGAAAGAGAAGAGGUCUGUUAAUUCACAUUCUCCAUUUUUGAGUUUCCUUCAAGUGUCAGUGAAUUGUAGAAUACACAAACUUGUUAUUUUUCAUUUUUCUUAAGCAAUUUUGAACUUGAUCUAGUUACCAACUCAAGUAGAAAACACUUGAAGAGUUCAACUUUUUACCUCUAGUACACCAUGGAACUCUCUAAAUUUUGUCUCUACCAAUUCUUAACUUCAAACUCUCAACAUACACUUGUUUUUUCUCUUACCCAUUUCAUCGAACACUUUUCAGGCAAUUUCCACAACCUUCUUUCAUAUACUUUCCAUGUCACUGUAUCUCGAUGUUGCUCAAUUUAAUCUCUGCUUGUUCUUGUUUCAAGUAAUCAACUACUUUUAAAUCUCUAGUUUGUUUAUUCGCGUAUUUAUUAUUACUUAGUUAUUCUUUUGAGAUUGAUUUGAAGAUGGGGGUGGUUUUGCCACUGAUUCUGUUUCUGGUGAAGCUUUGUAUUAUGCAAGGAUCUGAAGGGUUUGUUAUAUCCCCAUCUCCAGCAUUUCUUCCUUCUGUUCAUCAUGAUGGAGAAGCACCUGUUCCUAUCCAUAAUGGAGAGUCAUGGAGAAGGAAUGCAUCAAGCCCUUCAGAUCCACUUGGGUCUGUUAUAUCGCCAUCCCCAACAACAUUACCUGUGGCUCUUUCCCCUAGUGAAGCACCUAAUCUCGUAGGUCCAAAUGGGUCUUUUGUGCAACCUCCAGCUGCAUUACCACCUUCUUCAUCAGCUCCAACCCCUCAGAAGAUUACCGGAAUUGAAUCAUCCAUAUCACCUAGUUCUAGUCCAAGCAAUGAAUCUCCACCGUAUAAGGCUGUUCCAGCACCAUCAACUGCUGAAAGGAAUUUUCCACCAUCCAUGCAGCCAAUUCCAUCUCAAAGGAAAGAGCCUGCUUUUAGUCCUCUUAUAUCCACACCAAUUUCUCCAGCUUUUGUUGCAAUGCCUCCUGGAAAUUUGCCUAAAACUUCACCUAUCAGUCAACCAAUUGAACAUGGAAGUUUGCCUCCUAACUCUAAGGUUGAUAAGAGGAACGAAACUAAGAGUCACAACCUAGAGCCUGUUUCACCAGGUUCUUUCUUGCAACCUCCAGUUGCAUUACCACCUAAUGCAUUAGCUCCAACUCCUCAGAAGAUUAAAGGAAUUGAAUCAUCCAUAUCACCUAGUCCUAGUCCAAACAUCAAAUCGUUAUCGCCGCCAUAUAAGGCUGCUCCUGCACCAUCAACUGUUGAAAGGAAUUUGCCACCAUCGUUGCAACCAAUUCCACCUCGAAUGAAAGCACCUAUUGUCAGGCCUCCUGUAUCCAUACCAAUUGCUCCAGCUCCUUUUGCAAUACCUUCUGGAAAUUUGUCUAUAAAUUCACCUAUCAGCCAACCAAUUGAGCAUGGAAGUUUUCCUCCUAGGGUUGAUAGGAGGAAUGAAAGUAAGAGUCACAACCUAGAGCCAGUUUCACCAGCCCCACUUGCAACACCUUCUACCGAUGUGCCCAAAAUUUCACCAUUAAGCCCUUCAACUGAUAAUGGAAGUUUUCCUCCUAAUUCUCAUAGAGAGGGUACACCUACAAAUAAAGGUCACACUCCAGAAACAAUUUCACCAGCUCCUGUAUUCAAUUUGCCAAAAUAUUCGCCAGUGAAUCAACCGACUGAACCUGGAAGUUUGCCUCCAACUGUCCAUAAAAGGAACUCCAGCAUCAGUCACACAUUGGAGCCAGUUUCGCAGGCCCCGGUUGCAGAACCCCCUACAAGUUUUCCAAAAAGUUCACCAGUCAGCCAACCAACUCGUCAUGGAAGUUUUCCACCUAAUGUUCAUGAUAGAACUGUACAUAAGGGACACAUUCAUACAGCAGAGCCAGUAAUGCCACCAGUAGUUACAUCACCAACAAGUACAUUUCCAGGAGAUCCACCAUCGGUCCACCAAGUCAUACCUGCAACAUCUCCAUCUGAACUACCAGCACCUGUCAUCUCUCCCUCAUUAACACCUUCCAGAAGCUUCAAAGGGAAAAAUGGUGGAGAACCUGUUUCUGCGCCUUUGUACAAAACACCGAAGUCACCACCAACUUUAGUUCAUUCCCCUGCUCAAGCUCCUUCUCCUUCUGAACAUAAAGCAAGGCCAUCACAUCAUGCUCCUGAGCCACUUAUUUCACCUCCUAAAUCUCCUUUCAACAAAGAAGAUCAUUCUCCUGCAUCUUCACCUUCUACUGCAUUUUAUAAGCAUCAGCAUACACGGAAUACGAUAACCAACCCAGCUCCUGCAUCAUCAUAUUUUGUUUCUCCUCCCACUUCAAAACACCAAGAUCAACCAAUUCCUCCCUCAUUUCUUCCAACAAGUAGGCGGAGACAUUAUGCUCCGCCACCAAUGAACACAGGUUCUGCAGAUUCUCCAUUUACCUUCCCUAUCCAAUCACCAGUGAGUCAGGUUUCACCUGCUCCUUCUCCAUCAUUCAAGAUUUCCCCUCAUUCAACCAAAAUUCCAUUUCAUCCUCCUGACAUAUCUCCUUCAAGGCCUUUUUCGAAGAGCCCUAAGAAGCCAAUAUUGCCUCGAGUUCAAGCAUUGCCACCCCCACCUCCUAAUGAAGAUUGCAUAUCAUAUAUUUGCUCGGAGCCUUAUACGAAUUCUCCACCCGGGGUGCCCUGCAUGUGUGUCUGGCCAAUGAGAGUUGGCCUUCGGCUCAGUGUUCCUCUGUAUACCUUCUUCCCUUUGGUUUCGGAGCUUGCUUCUGAAAUAGCCAGCGGAGUUUUCAUGAAACUAAGUCAAGUUCGAAUUAUGGGGGCCAAUGCAGCAACUGAGCAGCCAGAUAAAACUGAUGCUCUCAUUGAUUUUGUACCACUUGGGGAACAAUUUGACAACACUACAGCCUUUUUAACUUCUGAGAGGUUUUGGCAUAAACAAGUUGCUAUAAAAGCUUCUUACUUUGGAGAUUAUGAAGUGUUAUAUGUAAGCUAUCCAGGUUUACCUCCAUCUCCUCCAUUACCACCUUCAAGCGUUAACAUGAUAGAUGGUGGUCCAUAUUCAAAUAAUGGCAAUAAUGGCAGGACAAUAAAACCUCUCGGGGUUGACAUACAAAAGAAGCAACAUAAAAGUGGACUUAGCAAAGGCAUUAUAGCUAUUAUUGUCCUUUCAGCUUUUCUAGCGAUUGUUUUAUGCUCUGCUGCUGUUUUCGCCUUAUUCAAGUUCAGAGAUCAUGUGCCUGAUUCUCAACCAACAUCAACCCCACGGGGUUUUCCGCCGGCUCAUGCCAAAGCAUCAGGUACUGCUGGGCCAUCAGUUGGAGGUGCAGUUACUUCCGCUUCAACAUCAUUUCGGUCUAGCAUUGCUGCUUACGCGGGAUCUGCUAAGACUUUCAGUAUGAAUGAAAUAGAGAAAGCAACUGAUAAUUUUCACCCUUCUAGAAUACUUGGAGAAGGAGGUUUUGGCCUUGUUUAUAGAUGUGACCUUGAAGAUGGGUCAAAAGUAGCAGUCAAAGUUCUAAAGAGGGAGGAUCAUCAUGGCGAUCGUGAAUUCUUAUCUGAAGUUGAAAUGCUUAGCCGCCUUCACCAUAGAAAUUUGGUAAAGUUGAUUGGAAUAUGUACGGAACUCAGCUCCCGUUGUCUGGUUUACGAACUCAUUCCAAAUGGCAGCGUGGAAUCUCACUUACAUGGAGUUGACAGGGAAAAAAACCCACUUGACUGGAGUACUCGGGUAAAGAUAGCACUUGGUGCUGCUCGUGGUCUUGCUUAUUUGCAUGAAGAUUCAAGUCCACAUGUCAUACAUAGGGACUUCAAAUCUAGCAAUAUCUUGCUGGAAAACGAUUUUACACCUAAAGUAUCUGAUUUUGGAUUGGCUCGAACGGCAGCUGAUGAGGAUAACAGGCACAUAUCUACACGUGUUAUGGGAACUUUCGGAUAUGUGGCUCCCGAGUAUGCAAUGACUGGGCAUCUUCUCGUGAAGAGUGAUGUAUACAGCUAUGGUGUUGUUCUUCUUGAGCUUUUAACCGGAAGAAAACCAGUGGACUUUUCCCAACCGCCUGGUCAAGAGAAUCUCGUUGCUUGGGCUCGUCCCCUUCUAACAAGUAGAGAAGGACUUGAAGCAAUAAUCGAUCCAUCUCUAGGAACCAAUGUUCCUUUUGAUAGUGUGGCUAAAGUUGCAGCCAUUGCUUCAAUGUGUGUACAACCAGAGGUUUCUGAUCGUCCUUUCAUGGGUGAGGUUGUUCAGGCUUUGAAACUUGUGUGUAAUGAAUGCGAUGAAGCAAAAGAAGUGGGUUCAACAAGUUCUAGCAAAGAUGAUUUAUCUUCUGAUUUCAAUGCUGCUUCUGAGCAACUACCCAAUAAUUUCCAAAGCCAUUUCGCAGCAGAUAACUACAAUUUCAGAGUUGAUAUUGAAAAUGGAUUGUCAGCAUCAGAGAUAUUCAGCUCAUCAGCAAGAUUUGGAAGGCAAGCAUCUGAAUCAUUUAGAAGACAUUCAUAUUCAGGUCCUCUAAGAACCGUAAGAAGCAAGCGGUUAUGGCAGAUAAUUCGAAAGGUUUCUGGCGGUAGUGUCAGUGAACACGGGGAUAUGUUCAAGUAAGCAUCACAUCUUGAUUCAGCCAUUGAAUUUUCUCUGAGCAUACUCCCUCAAUUUGUUAUUUGCAGUUCACAAAUCAGAAGUCAGAACUGUACCUUGAAGUUUGACAAAAGAAUAGAAACAAGAUGUAAAUAAAGUGACUUUCUUUUUUGCUAACCUACAAAAGAAGAGAAGAAGAAACAAUGUGAAUCUAGCUUUGAUAUUAGAUUAUGACUGGAAAAAAAUUGGCAUUUACUAAACCUUUAUUGUCAUAUACUAUAUUUGGUUAGGUGUAAUGUGUAAUGUUCAAAUCAUACAUAUCCUUGUAUUUAGAUGAGGAGGGAAUGAAAUAUUGUUAAUUAGUUCUAUUGAA